CCGCGACAGAAAACACCCACUCUCAUUCACUCCUCCGCCCUCUGGACUCUUCUUUUAUUUUUAUUCUAUAUUUUUUUAUUACAUCAUUUGGGGUUAAAACUCUGUAGUUUCUUCCUCUAACGCCGCCUGGUAUUUUGUCCCUCCGCUCUGUAGUGAGGUAGAAGCCAAAUCAGCUGCUAAAACACGCGUGGAUGUGGGUCUGUCUCCCUGCUCACCAUGACCGGCUGAGUCACCAACUUAGCACCUAACAGAUCAUUUGCCAUGCUACAUGGGAAGACUUUGAGCUUCUGUCUUGUUGUCUUCGUCCUUCUCUUCAUAUUGGCUUCCGUCCAUGCUCACUCCUACCCCAAGUUUUCACGCAAUGACACUGAGUUUCAGCACCUGGUGCUUCACCCAAACCCUGCUGUGGGGACGGUGUACCUGGGAGCCAGGAAUCACCUCUUCCAGCUGGAUGGGUUAGAUGGACUCAGGCUUGAGCAAGAAGAGACCACCGGUCCUGUAAGCGACAACAAAGAAUGUCUUCCUCCUGUCAUUGAAAGUAAUUGUCCCCAAGCUAGAAGAACCAGUAAUCACAACAAGCUGCUCCUGGUUGACCCAAAGGCGUUGGAGCUGAUCACAUGUGGCAGUGUCUACCAGGGAUUGUGCCAAAAACGAAGCCUAGGAUCCAUCAAGGAGGUUCUCUUCUCCACUGAAAGUCCUGUGGAUACUCAGUAUGUUGCAGCCAACGACCCGUCAGUGUCAACCAUUGGGUUAGUGGUCAGAGUUCCUGGUGGAGAGAGGACAGUGAUGUACGUGGGUAGGGGCUACACUGCCAACCACCCACCAAUCUCUACACGUCAUCUCUCAUCAAAGCCUAUAUUUUCCUAUGAGGAGACUGCCAAGCUGGUCAUUGCAGGACGCCUGUCGGAGUAUGAUCAUAAUUUUGUAACUGCUUUCACUCGUCACUCGUAUGUGUAUUUCCUCUUUUACCGGCGAGACAUCAGGUCAGUUUCCAGGGACUACCGGACUUACAUGGCUCGGGUGUGUCUGGAGGACACCUCCUACUAUUCAUAUGUAGAAAUUCCCCUCGUCUGUCGAUCUCCAUUUUCUCCUGUGAAAUAUAACAUCCUUCAGGCAGCCCAGGUGGGCCAAGGUACGGGCCAACAAGGCGAAAAUCUGCUGGGAGUCUUCUCCACCCGCACUGGCUCAACAAACAGCCCCUUGGAUUCCUCUGCCCUGUGCGUCUUCCCCCUGGAUGAGCUUGACAAGCACAUUGAUUCCACCCGUGACCUCUGCUACACCCAAAAUGGGUUGGUUGACGGUAGAGAAGAGGUGGCGUACAUAGAGUACGAAGUCAAGUCCAGCUGUGCCAGCCUCCCUCUGAAUACUCUCAAUGCGUACCCUUGUGGUUCUGACCACACCCCCAGUCCCAUGGCGAGCAAAAUACCCCUGGAAGCUAAAGCUGUGUGGCAAACCUCCGCAGCCCGUCUCACCGCCGUUGCAGUCAGUGUCAGAGAGGGACACAGCAUUGCCUUCCUUGGAGAUGCCAAAGGAAUUCUUCACAAGGUUUAUCUUGGCAAGAAUGGGGCAGUGGAGGUAUAUGCAAACUCAACGAUCCAACCCAAUUCCCCUAUCCACAGUGAUCUACUUCUUGACGAUCAGGGCUCACAUAUCUACAUUAUGACCAAAAACACAGUAGAGAAGCGUCCUGUAGCAGAAUGCGGAGAUCACUUGGACUGUUUGUCCUGUCUCUCUGCCAGAGACCCUUACUGCGGUUGGUGUGUCCUUGAAGGACGUUGUGGCCAGCGGUGGGAGUGCCAGCGAGGCUCUUUGCAGGGCCAGUGGUUGUGGAGUUUCAAUCAGACGCAGCAGUGCCUCAGCAUACAGCGCCUCAGCCUCUACAACAUCAGCCGUGGAGAGAAAGCAGAUAUUGCUUUAUCAGUGGAGGGUCUGCCCAGUCUCCAACAAGACGAGGCCUACUCCUGCUUCUUUCAGGACACAGAAACCCCUGCCCUGCUCACCACCACUGGUGUUAUAUGCUCCACGCCGGACGCCAGCAGCCUGCCCCCCAUCAGUCAGGGAGACGAGUUUGUAACCGUGACGUUAACUCUGCGUUUCAUUAACGUGACUGUAGCCGAGACAGAAUUCACCUUCUACAAUUGCAGCCUGGUGCAGGAGCUUUCUGGCCGCAGACCAUGCCAAGGGUGUGUGAGCAGCCGCUGGGGGUGUAACUGGUGUAUCCAUGAGCAUGUCUGCACACAUAAACACACCUGCAGCCAAGGAGUCACCGUCCACAACCGACACUUCACACCACAAACACCCACCAUCCCGCCACCAACUCGAAAUCCAACCCCGUCGCCUCCUUCUGUUCUGACUGCUCCAACAACAACAACAAGAGCCGUUACAACAACACAGUCACCACCCACAGAGACAUCUACCCCCACCACAGCAGCUGUCUCCACAACCACCAUUACAGAAACCCCCACCACCAGCCCCAAUGCUGAAUCCAGCACCUCAGUUUCCUUCUCCACAACUUCCCCUUUUGUCGGGCUCUCCACCCAGACCAGCACGGCAGACACUGAUGUCUCCACAACAGAUGGAAACCUCUCCAGCACAGAGGCAGUCACAAGACAAACUGUUGGUUCUCUCAGUGGCUCGUUAGAAGAUGAGGAAACCUUAAAUGCCACAGAUGGAAUGAGCCACACAUCACUAAGCAGCACCACUGGCUACAUAGACUCUUCGCAGAGAAUGUUAGUCCCUUCUAGUGAAGCCUUGAGUUCUUCCCCUGAGAUAAACCUCACUACUACUAGUGAAGUGGCCCCUUUGAUAGACCACUCUAUCAGCGAGGUCGAGGAGUUCAUUCCUCUGACCACUUCUGAGGAGAAUGUCUCACCUACGAGGAUGAAUGACAGGGAAAAAUCACAGAAAGAACCAGGGGUGGACUCUGAAGUGACUCCAUCUGUCGCCCGUUCGUUCUUCCCGACCCCAUCACCAGAAACAGUUGUUGAUGUCAGUCUUGAAUCUCCAACAAACCUUCAGUCUGAUUCUUCUUUUGAGGCUUUUACUUUGGAAUGCCCGUGUGUGGAGCGGAUACAGGAUUCUUCUCUACUCCCUGUCAACGUGGAGAGAAAGAUCACAUUGGUGGGCCAACACCUCCAUCUUUUUCAGGAUGAGGAUUUGGAUUAUGAGUGUGUGUUGGAUGUGGAGAAUCGGUCCGUAGUGGUUGAGGCCUCCGUAGAACCAGAUGCUGGUCAACCAUCAGUCUUCUUUAUCACCUGUCAGCCACACCAAUACGUUUAUUCCCUACUAAUGGAGGAAUACUCAGCAACAAUCAACGUCAGGAGAAAAAACAACUUCCUGAUUGACAGCGCUGAGGAUCUGCAGGUGACUCUGUUCAACUGUUCAGUGGGCCGAUCAGACUGCAGCAGGUGUCGAACGGCUGACCCAAAGUACGGCUGCGUUUGGUGCGGUGGAGCUUCCAGCUCCAGCUGCGUGUAUCGAGACUCCUGUGCUGAUGAGAUCAAACACACCUGCCCCGCACCUGUCAUUCACUUUUUGGACCCGUUGUCUGGUCCGAUCGAGGGAGGCACAGUGGUGACCAUUUCUGGCUCUAAUCUUGGUCAGAGGGCAGAGGACAUAGAGAGCUCCGUCACAGUGGCCAACGUGCCAUGCACCGUCAUUCACAGCAGAUACGAAGUCUCAUCGAGGAUAGUUUGUGAGACUGCAAGCAGUGGAGGGGAGAUUACAGGCAAUGCCUUUGUCAAAGUAAGAGGAGGAGGAGAUGGGCAAUCAGCUCAGAUGUUCAGUUUUCAGAAUCCAGUUCUUAGCAGCAUUUUUCCUUUAAGAGGACCCAAAGCAGGGGGCUCAUCUCUCACCAUCAGAGGUCGUAAACUGAGGACUGGUCAUCCAAGUGAGGUCGGAGUCCUGAUAGGAGGAGUGCCUUGCACAGUGCUGAACAUCCAGGAGGAUCAGAUCAAAUGUCUGACCAGAGGCAGCAACCGGACAGGAGAGCACAGCAUCAUGGUCCGCUUUGGUGGAGCAGAGCGCCAUCUGCAGGGCUUAGUGUAUCAUUACACCCCAAACCCAAACAUCACAAGGGCAGCUCCAUCUAAAAGCUUCCUCAGUGGAGGGAGGAUCAUCAAAGUCGAAGGCCACAACCUGGAUGUCGUCCAGGAGCCAAAAAUGAGAGUGACCCUCAGUCCGCCUGAUGCUCUGCCUCCCAGACGGAGGAGGAGCAUCAGGAAGAAAAUGAAAGACCACCUAAACAGAGGACAGAAACACAGAGGUCCUCUGAGGAGAUGGAGGAGGAUUGUUCCAGAAGCAAACUGCCCAGAGGGAACACUCUGCAGUGUGAAACAAUAUGAAUCCCGCUGCACAGUUCACAACUCCACUCUCAUCCUGUGUCCGACUCCGGCAGUGGGUUCAGAGGCCAAAGGGGCCAGGGUCAAAGUUCACUUCCUUUUGGACAGCCUCCACUUUGAUUUCAGCAUUGUGGGUGGUGAAACCUUCAGCUAUGAGCCCAACCCCAAGCUGUUUGCCUUGAACACGAACGACCCAAACAAGCCGUACCACCACAAACCCGGCAGCAUCAUCUCUGUCGAGGGAGAAAACCUGGACCUUGCCAUGUACAAGCACGAGGUGGAGGCCCGGAUAGGAGGGGGCUUGUGUGUGGUGAAGACCCUGACCCACAACCACCUGUACUGUGAGCCAACAGCUCAGCAGCCUUCAAUCACAACCAAUAGGAAGCACGAUGGCAUGGAAAGUCUGCCCGAGUUCACUGUGAAAAUGGGAAAUCUGAACUUCUCCCUGGGCAGAGUGCAAUAUGACAUCCAGGCCCAGUCUACAUUUCCUCUGGAGGCUCAGGUGGGAGUCGGGGUGGGAGCGUCUAUCGUAGCUCUCAUCGUGCUCAUCAUCGUGCUUAUUUACAGGAGGAAGAGCAAACAGGCCAUGAGAGACUAUAAGAAAGUACAGAUCCAGCUUGAAAACCUGGAGACCAGUGUGAGGGACCGCUGUAAGAAGGAGUUCACGGACCUGAUGACGGAGAUGAUGGACAUGUCCAGCGAUUUAGUGGGUUCGGGGAUCCCCUUCCUCGACUACCGGGCAUUCGCAGAACGCAUUUUCUUCCCAGGCCACCAGGAGUCGCCACUGAGGCGAGAUCUAGAUGUUCCAGAGAGCCGAAGACAGACUGUGGAGCAGGGCCUGGUUCAGCUGUCCAAUUUGCUCAACAGCAAACUCUUUCUGACCAAAUUUAUUCACACCCUUGAGGCUCAGCGGACCUUUUCCCCCAGGGACCGGGCCUAUGUGGCCUCUCUUCUGACUGUGGCCCUGCACGGAAAACUGGAGUACUUCACAGACAUCCUUAAAACGUUGCUGAAUGACCUGGUGGAACAAUAUGUGGCCAAAAAUCCCAAACUCAUGCUGAGAAGAACGGAAUCAGUGGUGGAGAAACUGCUGACAAACUGGAUGUCCAUUUGUCUCUACACCUUCCUGAGGGAAUCAGCAGGGGAGUCGUUCUACAUGCUGUUCAGAGCAAUAAAACACCAGGUGGACAAGGGACCUGUGGACGCUGUGACCGGAAAAGCCAAGUAUACUCUCAAUGAUAACCGGCUGCUGCGAGAGGACGUGGAAUACCGCACCCUGACUCUGAAUGUUGUGAUACCGGCUGCAACUGCCAGCGGAGGCGCCACCAAUCAGACGGUCCCUGCGAAGGUGUUGGACUGUGACACCAUCACUCAAGUGAAGGAGAAGGUUCUGGAACAAUCCUGGAAAGGAAUGUCUUUUUCACAGAGGCCACACGUAGAUUCCCUACAUCUUGAAUGGCGGGCAGGGGUUGCAGGACAUCUCAUCCUAUCAGAUGAGGACCUGACAUCAGUAGUACAAGGCUCUUGGAAGCGUCUCAAUACAUUACAGCACUACAAGGUCCCUGAUGGCGCAACCGUGGCCCUCGUUCCUAGAAGCAACAAGCAUCACCUUCAUGACAGCCAUGACUAUAUGCCAGGAGAAAAAACCCCCAUGUUGGAUGAUGGGGAGGAAGGUGGCGUGAGGCUUUGGCAUCUGGUGAAAGCCAGUGACGAAUCAGAGUUGCCGAAGCAUAGGAGAGGCAGCAUGAGGGAGAAGGGAGGGGAGCGAGCGAAGGCCAUCCCUGAGAUCUACCUCACACGGCUGCUCUCCAUGAAGGGGACUCUGCAGAAGUUUGUGGAUGAUCUAUUCACUGCCAUCCUGAGCACCAGCCGCCCCGUCCCUCUGGCUGUCAAAUACUUUUUUGACCUGUUGGAUGAGCAGGCCCUGCAGCACGGCAUCACUGACCCAGAGACCAUUCACAUCUGGAAAACUAACAGUUUACCGCUGCGGUUCUGGAUCAAUAUUCUGAAGAAUCCCCAGUUCAUCUUUGACGUGCAGACCUCCGAUCACGUAGACGCUGUGCUGUCUGUCAUCGCUCAGACCUUCAUGGAUUCCUGCACCAUUGCUGACCACAAACUGGGAAGGGAUUCUCCAAUCAACAAGUUGUUGUAUGCCAGAGACAUCCCACGUUACAAACAGAUGGUGGAGAGGUACUAUGCUGACAUCAAACAGACAAUUUCUGCAAGUGACCAGGAGAUGAACUCAGCUCUUGCAGAACUCUCUCGUAAUUAUGCAGCAGAGGUCAACUGCCAUGUAGCUUUACAUGAGCUGUACAAGUACAUCAAUAAAUACUAUGAUCAAAUUAUUACAGCUUUGGAAGAGGAUGCUACUGCGCAAAAGAUGCAGCUCGGUUACAGACUCCAACAGAUUGCUGCUGCUGUGGAAAACAAGGUUACGGACCUAUGACCCUGGUGCCAGGAGUGAUAUUGUCUUGAAUCAUGAAGGGAAAGCCAGAAAAAACUUGUCCAUGAUUUUUUUUUUCAGGAUAAUUAAAAAGGAUAUUUUUAUCUACAGUAAGACCCAGAGAUGACAGCGAAAUAUUGGGACCCAAACUAUGACAUCACUGGAUAGACAUGAGACAAAUUGACUUUAAAGAACCUGAUCUCAUUUCUUGUGAAUAAAAUUGUCGUCUCACUUGGAGAAAAGGGAUUCCACACCAGUAUGGAGUGAAGUUUUGAGAAGAAUGUGGAUUAUAGCACACAUCAAAACAUUUUCCUUUGAUUGGUUUUUCACCUUGGACUUAAUACUUUGAAAGAAAGAUGCAUUCCAUUUUUGGAAAAACAAAUUGUUUGCUUUUUUAAAGGAUGUUAUCUGGAAAAACUGAGCAGAACAUUCCCAUCUAACAAAGUUUGCUUUUAAGAAGGAAUAUUUCACCUUAAAGGUUGACACUGCUGAAUAACUCCUCUUUUAUUUCCAGUCUUACUGACAGGAUACACACAUAGUGACUUCUGUUUUAAGCCUUUAUUUCAAGUCUUACUCUUCAUUUUCUGGUUGUUGUGUUUUUACACUGAUUUUGCUCCAGUAUAUUAUUGGUGCCUUGAUUUUUCAAGGACCUCUGUGGAUCUUCCUUUUUUUUUUAUUUGUUGAUAACAGCUUAGUGGCUCAUCUUCUGAAACGUCGAUGUAUUUUCAAACGUUAUAUUCACUGUUUAAGUUGCCCAAAAUUUGUUUGAUCACCUCCCCUAAACACUUUAUUUAAACUUAUUUUUAUGAUUCUUGUAGUAAUCAAGUUAAUCUUUUUAUGAUUAAAAGCAAGACAAUUUAUUAGUAAAUGAACCAGAACAGCUCAAAUGAAUUCCAUUAUGUUUAUUUAUAUAGUGGCAAUUCACAACACGUCAUCUCAAGGCACUUU